CCUAAAUGCAAUUUAACCGGCCGUGAACGCCUUCAUAGUCUGAUAAUUCCUCUAGAGUCUCACAUUGGAAACUCCAGGGACGUGAGUUUCGAGCAAAUGGUCCUCAGGGAAACCGGGGGCAGGGGCGUAGACAUCAUCCUAAACUCCCUGGCCGAGGAGAAACUCAGCGCUUCAGUCAGAUGCCUGUCGAGCAAUGGGCGAUUUUUAGAGAUCGGCAAAUUCGACCUGGCCAACGACAACCUCCUUCAACUAUCGCCCUUUAGGAACGGAAGCAGUUACCAUGGGGUGAUGCUGGAUCGGCUGUUCAAUGAGUCGGACAGCGAGAGGCAGCAACUGCGCCUAUUGCUCCAACAAUUCAUCGACUCAGGAGUCGUCAAGCCCUUAGGCACCACAGUGUUUGCCCACGACGAAGUGGAGCAGGCGUUCCGCUUUAUGAGCACUGGACGGCAUAUGGGAAAAGUGUUGGUGGAAAUUCGCAACGAGGACUAUGAAGAUCAUCCCCGAAUCUUCCGGGCGCUUCCCAGGUAACGAAACCUAUCCAUUAGCGAUACUUAAACCACCCUACCCUCCCCUAUUUAUAAAUUUUCGGGGGUAAUACCACGAGAGCUUUGAAAUUACCGAUAAUUUUUCACGAUUGCAUGUU